AUGAGCGCCCCCGUGUGCCCCCUCCUCGGGCUCUGGCUGUGGCUGUGGCUGGGUAUUUCCCUGGGACUCGGCCAGGGACAAGCGAGCAGCCGCCUGAGGCUGGCUGUGCUGCCCGAAGACCAGCUGCAGAUGAAGUGGAGGGAGUCGGAAGGGGGCAGCCUCGGCUACCUGGUACAGCUGAAGCCCAGGGCAGGGGAUGCGGAACAGGAGGUGAUGUUGACCACCAAGACCCCCAAGGCCACGGUGGGGGGCUUGAGCCCCUCCAAGGGCUACACCGUGCAGAUCUUCGAGCUCACCAGCUCAGGGAAUGCCCUGCUGGCACAGCAGGAGUUUGUGAUUGAGGAUCUGAAGAGUCACUCUGUGAGCAGGAGUGGCCGGAUGCCGCUGGAGGCAGCCGUGGAGCCCAUGCCUUCCCACGUGGGGAGCCCAGACCCUGAGCCCCGAGUUGCCUUGUCCCCAAGCCAAGACCCGCCCACUCCUGCUAGCCCCCAGUUCCGCUGCACACCCCCCACACCCGUGGACAUGAUCUUCCUGGUGGACGGGUCCUGGAGUAUUGGCCACGGUCAUUUCCAGCAGGUCAAAGAUUUCCUGGCCAGCGUCAUCGAGCCCUUUGAAAUUGGGCCAAAUAAAGUCCAAGUCGGCCUGACUCAGUACAGUGGAGACCCCCAGACCGAGUGGGACCUCAGCGCCUUCCGCACCAAGGAGGAGGUGGUGACAGCUGUCCGCAGCCUCCGCUACAGAGGGGGAAACACGUUCACAGGCCUGGCCCUGACUCACGUGUGGGAGCAGAACCUGAAGCCCGGAGCGGGAACCCGUCCAGAGGCGGCCAAGGUGGUGAUCCUAGUGACGGACGGCAAAUCCCAGGAUGAUGUCCGUGCUGCUGGCCAUGUCCUCAAGGACCUGGGUGUUGCCGUCUUUGCUGUGGGCGUGAAGAACGCGGAUGAGGCUGAGCUGCAGCUCCUGGCGUCCCCGCCGCUGGACAUCACCGUCCACAACGUGCAGGACUUCCCGCAGCUCGGCACCUUGGCAGGCUUGCUCAGCCGCCUCAUCUGCCAGAAGGUGCAGGGCGGGAGCCGGGGCCCUGGUACACCGGCCGCUGCCACCCCAGCCCCGGACACCGCCUGCACUCCCACCAGCCUGGUUGUGACCCAGGUGACCUCUUCCAGCGUCCACCUGUCCUGGACCCCAGCCCCCCAGCUGCCGCUCAAGUAUCUGAUCACGUGGCGGCCUUCCGGGGGUGGCACCCCGCGGGAGGUGGUGGUGGAGGGGCCCACCUCGUCCGCGGAGCUUCACAGCCUGAUGGCCGGCACCGAGUACUUGGUGUCUGUGUUCCCUGUUGGCAAGGCCGGGGUCGGCCAGGGCCUGCGGGGCCUUGUGACCACAGCACCUCUGCCUGCGCCCCAGGCCCUGACCCUGGCUGCCGUGACCCCCAGAACCAUCCGCCUGACCUGGCGGCCCUCGGCUGGGGCCACACAGUACCUCGUGCGAUGCUUGCCGGCCUUCCUCCGGGGCCAGGAGGAGGGCAGAGAGGUGAGGGUGGGACAGCCAGAGGCGCUGCUGGACGGCCUGGAGCCUGGCACAGACUAUGAUGUCUGGGUGCAGAGCUUGCAAGGGACAGAGGCCAGCGAGGCCCGGGGCAUCCGUGCCAGGACCGCCACCCUGGCGCCCCCCAGACACCUCGGCUUCUCGGAUGUGAGUCACGACUCAGCCCGCGUGUUCUGGGAGGGCAUCCCGAGGCCCGUGCGCCUGUUCAGGGUCAGCUUUGUCUCCAGUGAGGGCAGCCACUCCGGGCAGGUGGAGACCCCUGGGAACGCCACCUCAGCCACUCUGGGCCCUCUCUCCUCCUCCACCACGUAUUCUGUCCGCGUCACCUGCCUCUACCCUGCGGGCGGUUCCUCCACGCUGACCGGCCGCCUGACCACACGGAAGGUCCCCAGCCCGAGCCAGCUCUCGGUGACAGAGCUCCCUGGGGACGAGGUCCAGCUGGAGUGGGCGGCCGCCGCGGCUUCUGGAGUGCUCGUCUACCAGAUCAAGUGGACCCCCCUGGGAGACGGGAAGGCCCGUGAGAUCUCUGUCCCAGGGAACCUGGGCAUGGCGGUCCUGCCUGGCUUCCGAAGCCACUUGGAGUAUGAGAUCACCAUCCUGGCCUACUACAGGGACGGGGCCCGCAGCGACCCAGUGUCCCUCCGCUACACCCCCGCACUCCGGAGCCCACCCUCCAACCUGGCCCUGGCUUCCGAGUCACCCAGCAGCCUGCGGGUCAGCUGGACCCCCCCACGCGGCCACGUCCUCCGCUACCGGCUCACCUACGUGCUGGCCUCGGGCUCGGGAUCCGAGAAGUCGAUCUCUGUCCCAGGGCCCAGCAGCCACGUGACGCUCCCCGACCUGCUGGCAGCCACGAAAUACAGGGUCCUGGUCUCGGCAGUCUAUGGAGCAGGGGAGAGUAUGCCAGUGUCGGCCACAGGCCAGACGGCGUGCCCCGCCCUCAGCCCCGACGGCCCCCUCCCAGGCUUCGACCUCAUGGCGGCCUUCGGCCUGGUGGAGAAGGAGUACGCUUCCAUCCGUGGUGUUGCCAUGGAGCGCGCGGCGUUCAGCUGUGCCAGGACCUUCACGCUCUUUAAGGAUGCUCAGCUGACCCGCCGGGCCAGUGGCCUCCAGCUGGCUGCCCCCCCACCAGAGUACACGGUGGUCUUCCUGCUGCGUGUGCUGCCCGAGACCCCCCGCGAGAGCUUCGCGUUGUGGCAGAUGACGGCUGAGGACUUCCAGCCCGUCCUGGGGGUCCUGCUGGACGCUGGCAGGAAGUCUCUGACCUACUUCAACCACGACCCCAGGGCCACCUUGCAAGAGGUCACCUUUGACCUGCCUGAAGUGAGGAGGAUAUUCUUUGGAAGCUUCCACAAGGUGCACGUGGCUGUGGGCCGCUCCAGGGUCAGACUCUACGUGGACUGCCGGAAGGUGGCCGAGAGGCCCAUCGGGGAGGCGGGCAGCCCGCCUGCCGCGGGCUUCGUGAUGCUGGGGAGGUUGGCCAAGGCCCGGGGCCCCUGGAGCAGCUCAGCCACAUUCCAGCUGCAGAUGCUGCAGAUCGUGUGCAGCGAGUCCUGGGCAGAGGAAGACGUGUGCUGCGAGCUCCCUGCGGCGAAGGAUGGAGAGACCUGCCCUGCCUUCCCUUCCGCUUCCGCCUGCACCUGUUCUUCGCAGACCCCUGGGCCCCCGGGGCCCCAAGGACCUCCGGGCCUCCCUGGAAGGAUCGGAGCCCCAGGAGAGCAGGGCUUCCCAGGGCCCAGGGGUCCGCCAGGGGUCAAAGGAGAGAAAGGGGACCAUGGGCUCCCGGGCUUGCAGGGCCAUCCCGGUCACCAGGGAGCCCCCGGGAAGGUCGGCCUCCAGGGACCAAAGGGAAUGCGAGGCCUGGAGGGGAGCGCUGGCCUGCCUGGACCUCCAGGCCCGAGGGGCUUCCAGGGCACGGCGGGGGCCAGGGGCACCGGUGGGGAGAGAGGACCCCCAGGGGCCGUGGGGCCCACGGGGCUGCCAGGACCCAAAGGGGAGCGAGGAGAGAAGGGCGAGCCACAGUCCCUGGCCACCAUCUACCAGCUCCUGAGCCAGGCCUGCGAGUCUGCCAUCCAGAGUGAGUGGUGUAGCUUCCUCGUGAGGACCCCAGAGCCUCCCGUGCCCCCCGUGCAGCCUCUGUGCUCACAGCAGCCUGGGCCCCUCGUCACUAGCAGUCCCAGCCUGGCCCGGCCAUUCUCCUUGGCCAUGCACCAUGGAGCGAGCCCAGAGCCCUCAGUCACAUGGGCAGCCCUCAGCCUAAAGGAAGCGAGCCUCCGGGACCCCCGGGAAGAAUAG